CCCUCUCUCUUCCUCCCAUGAAUCCAUCAGAUUCAACUAUUCUCGUGUUUUUGUUGUUUUCAGACCCAUUUUUGUAUUGAUUGACUUCUUUUGAUUUAUUCAUAGUAGCAAUGCAGGUUUUGAUAUUGUGAUUCUUGCGUUCGAAGAAUCGUGAUCGUGUGUUUGUGUUUAAUUCAAAUUCUACAUGUUGAUUUAUGCGUAUUUUAAUAGGUUUCUUCGCACUGGUAAUGAAUAGUUUUGUAUUUUACUUAAUGUGAACAUAGAUAGGAUGCGAAUAAUCAGGUAACAAAAUUUUGACAUAUUAUGACUAAUUUGCGGCACAAAGGGGCUUUCAGUAUUUCCGGUAUCUUUCAGGAGUAAAAAUGGAUGUUAUAUGUAUAGUUAAUUGAAAAAGGAAAGAGUUCUUUGUAUAUACAUAGAUAAAUACAAAUUCGCGUAUAUAUUACGUUUAUUUGAAUGUGUUUAUCAAUGCAUUGAUGUAAUUGGUUUUACUGUUUCAAGCCAAUAUUAGAGUAUCUUUGGCCAUUUUUCUUUUUGUAGAAUGUGGUGUUAAUCUGUGCCUUUUGAUUUAUCGUACAUGUGAUUAUUUGACUUCUAUAUUGUAAAAGGUGUAGGCAUUUAGGCAAGUUCGCGACUCCUGCGAUUGUGUAAAUAUUGCAGUCUCGAGUUGUCAAAUUUGCAAACUGCCAUCAUGCGUGACAACAUGUCGGGACCUCUUGAACGCCCUGCCCGGCCAAGUCUCGAGAAAAUUGAUAUCGAAAACUCUGAGGAUGAGAGGAAGACAAGGCUCGGGUCUCUUAGGAAGGUGGCAAUUAGCGCCUCCUCGAAGUUCAGGCAUUCUUUGACUAAAAAGGGCCGCAGAAACAGUAGAGUUAUGUCUGUUGUCCUUGAGGAUGAGCAUGAUGCUGAGGAAUUGAAGGCUGUGGAUGCCUUGCGUCAAGCACUUAUUCUGGAAGAACUACUACCCACAAAACAUGAUGACUAUCACAUGAUGCUAAGGUUCUUGAAGGCCAGGAAAUUUGAUAUUGAGAAAACAAAGCAAAUGUGGGCUGAUAUGAUCCACUGGAGGAAGGAAUUCAAUGCUGAUGCGAUUAUGGAGGAUUUCGAUUUCAAGGAGAAAGACGAGGUCCUUAAAUACUAUCCACAAGGCCAUCAUGGAGUUGAUAAGGAUGGCAGACCUGUUUACAUUGAAAGACUUGGGCAGGUUGAUUCAACCAAGCUCAUGCAAGUCACAACACUGGACCGUUAUCUUAAGUACCAUGUCCAGGAGUUUGAGAGGACCUUUGUUGAUAAGUUUCCAGCCUGCUCUAUUGCAGCAAAAAAACACAUCGACCAGAGCACAACCAUUUUGGAUGUACAAGGAGUGGGACUGAAACAAUUCAAUAAAGCUGCUAGGGAUCUCAUUCAGCGUAUUCAGAAGAUUGAUGGUGAUAAUUAUCCUGAGACCCUCUGCCGCAUGUACAUCAUCAAUGCGGGAUCUGGAUUUAGGCUCUUGUGGAACACUGUCAAGUCAUUCCUUGACCCAAAGACCACUGCCAAGAUCCAUGUUUUGGGCAACAAAUACCAGAGCAAGCUGCUUGAGAUCAUUGAUGCUAGUGAGCUACCCGAGUUCUUGGGAGGUAAAUGCACCUGUGUAGAUAAAGGUGGUUGUAUGCGUUCGGAUAAGGGCCCUUGGAAUGAUUCAGAAAUUAUGAAGAUGGUAUGCAACGGCGAGCACAAAUGCUCGAACAAAGUCCUCAUUUCAUCUGUGGACGAGAAAACAAUUUCUGAGGACGAGACUGCCAAGAAUGUGAAGAAAAACAGUUCUUUCAAUAAGGGAACAGACAUGGUUUCCAGGGCACAUCUCUCUCCUGUUCAUGAGAAACUGCAGGUAACCAAAAAGCCCGGUGCAUAUGAGCCUGAUGUGUACAUCCGAGUGGUAGACAGGGCCAUUGAUGCAUCUAGGCCAAAAGCAGCAGAAGCUGCAGCUUAUUUCCCCAUAGACAACGCUUGCAAGCCUUCUGAAGGACUUGGCAAUCAUCUCUUUACUGGAGUUAUGACCUUAGUCAUGGGUGUAGUUAGUAUGGUGCGCAUGACACGUAACAUGCCAAACAAACUCACAGAUGCCACUCUCUAUUCUUCUUCUAUGCACGAUGCUGAUGACAUGGUUAAAGGUCAAUCUAAUUGCUACAGAUUGCCAGCUCCCACCAUCUCGAGCAUUGAUUACUUUGACAUGAUGAAACGCAUGAACGAGCUCGAAGAGAGGGUUACUUUUCUUAGCAAGAAACCAAUGACUAUGCCUCCUGAGAAGGAGGAAAUGUUGAAUGCCGCAUUGAAUCGUGUUAGUACAUUGGAACAAGAGCUUUCAGCUACAAGAAAGGCUCUUGAGGAUGCUCUUGUUCAACAAGGCGAGCUGCUUGCCUAUGUUGAGAAGAAGAAAAAGAAGAAGAAGUUCUUUGCUUUCUAAAUGCAGAGAUCAUAAGGCUUAGACAACGUUUCCUUUGCCAAAUACUAAAUUUGGAGCUUUUGUAUAUUAUAUUGUUUGCUGUUCUAAUAGCUUGAGUAAUGUGUUGUUUCUUGGCGACCUUAACGUUUAUUCUAUAUUGUUUUUAAGCUCUAACGCUGACUUAAAUUUGUGUUUCAUUGUCAUUAUAUUAUACUUACAUUUUUCAUCUAAGUUCAAUUGAAUUUGUGGUUUA